GUGAGUUAAGUGGUCCAGCGCAACACUUGCCAAAAGUGCUGAAGUACACUAAUUCCGGUACUCAAUGACAAGUGUAUACCAUAUCUCUGAGACAAUGCUGGCCUUACAGCCAGUGGCAAUUCUUUCUCCCCACCCCUUUUGUAUCAACCCUUAUCUGCGCCCUAAGGUGAAACGCCUCCAAGGUCGAAUGACUCACUUCUUCUGUGCAAUAUUGCUAAAAACAAAAGACAGACAGUAGCCACAACAGUGUGGGUGUGUUCAAAGUUGCAGCUCUGAUCGCCAUUGCCAGUUACAUUGUCGUUGAAGGUCCAGAUAGGUCAUUACCUGCUGUGUUUUAUCCGCGUUUAUCAGCAUCGAGUGCAACGAUCCUUAACUGUAGGAACCUUUGUAUGACACAGCAUGGAUUGUAAUCCAGAAAAAAUUAAGUUAUGGACUGUUCUCGAAGUGGAAGAAAACUUAAAAAAACAAGGAUUUGGUGAAAAUAUAACUAGCAUUUUGAAAGGCAACGAGAUAGACGGAGAAGCUCUUUUACUACUUAAUAAUGCUGAUGUGCUUAAUAUGGGGUUUAAAAUUGGUCCAGCAGCAAAGUUUCGCAACUUUUUAGAAAGUUUAAAAAUUCCACUCGAUAAUAACCCAUCAACACAUUCAGAACAUCCUGCCUCAACGUUGACGGUGGGCACAAAUGUUUGCAGUGGCCAGGAAAGUGAAUUGGAAUCGACAGUUGCAAAUGUACUUCCGGAAACAACAUCAGAUGAAAGCGUUGAACUCAACGUGAUGGAAGUUUUAAGAAAGUGUCCUGCAGGAAGACUUAUAAUAAGUGAAUAUCUUGGAAGAGAUGAGGAAUUCAUCUCGAGUGAAGAAAGAAUAACAAUUAUUCAAAUUCUGUGUGACCACAUUGUGAAAACAGAUCCAUUACAAUAUUUUCCUUUGACAUCGACGAAGCUGCUGUGGGCUGAAGCAAUAGUGAAAAGUUUUACUUGUCUAGGGACAAAGGUGACCGAUGCCUAGGGCAAAGUCACUAUGAAUCACGACAUCUACUUUCACCCCAAAGCAGGAGGAUUCAUAGAAAAUAAAUUAAAAGAAAUGCGAAGAAGCAAGGGAAUUCGGAAGAGAAAAAUAUCCUCUCAAACAAGUUCUACACUGAACACAUCCACAGAAAAAAAGACCAAAACUAAAGUUAAGAAGGGAGAAAUUCUCUUAAAAGGGGCAAAUGUGGUUUUUGAUGAGUCUGUCAUGGUAUCGAUGGUUUCUUGGUUAAAGUACAUGGGCCUUCUAUCACAAAUAAAGCCAAGAUCCAUGAGUACAUGGAGAGUACAUUUGAUUACCGGGAGCAGCAAAUUUCUGUAACCUUAACGUUCGCUUCUCAAAUUUUCGAAGAAUAUCCACGUUACGUGGAUUUUGAAAACGGAUCUUUGAUAUUGAACGAUUUUUAUCGAAAAUAUAAGGACGCACACUCCUGCUUGGAAACGCGUUUCUUCGGACGGUUCCAGAACGCUUUGGUUGGAUUAGCGGAAAGGAAAAAAGUGGAAGUUACAAAAUCUACUGACGAAUCUCUUGGGGCAUUAGUUUUGUGUUUGAAAGUAAUGCCCAGUGUAUCCAGGAUUAAGAAGGCUGAUUUUUCAUCAAAACUGGGUCGCCUUUUUUACUUCGUCAAAGAAAAUGCUAGUAUAUCUUCUAUUGUGGAAUCAAAAGACGAAAUCUAUCAUAAACAGCCAUUCUUGAUCGUCUCUGGAACCCUGGAAUAUCCUUUAUCAUUCUUUCUCGUCAUAGAAAACACUGCCAUUCCAGUUGGUAGUAACUGUGCUCAUGCCUUUCAUGUGCUAUUUGCAUCUUUUUUCCUUUUCCGAUUGGAAUAUCCUUAAUAUCUUGACAAAUUUUGUCUUUUUUUCGAACAAUUUGUUUUUCAAAUUGGGAAGAAUAUCAGCGCUUGCAAUCAAGAAUUUGCAAACUGCCUCGACAAUGUUGCAUCAGCAACAAUUCCGCAGUCCCUCGAACAACAGCAGCAAAGUUAAAUUCAUUCUUUGAUAUACCGCUUGUUUUUUCACCUUUAUUCGUUUACUGCAUAC